GGCGAGCUAGGCCACACCCUAUCAAAGUGUCCGAAUGAGUGCUGGGCCUGCGGCGAACUCUACCACAAAUCUGAUGACUGUCCAAACAGAUGCUGGACAUGCGAUGAAGUCGGCCACUAUGCCAAAGAUUGUCCGAACGAGUGCGAUGCAUGUGGCGACAUAGGUCAUUCAACAGUCGACUGCCCGGAUGCAUGUUGGACAUGCGGUGAAUUAGGGCACUUGGCAAGAGAUUGCGAAGACGAAUGUUUUGUCUGUGGGAGAUUGGGCCAUGACACGCAGAAGUGCAAGGGAAAAUGCCACAAAUGUGGAAAGAUAGGGCAUUGGAAGAGGGAUUGC